ACCGAAAUCAGCACGAAGAUCCAGGGAAAGUAGUGUCGAGCGGCCGGUAUCCGCCACAGCGUCACCAGGUUGUCCACAAUGACAUCCACCGCCGCCAUGUUGACUCCGCCUGAGAGCGCCGCGUUCGGAAAAAAACUUUAUUGACACAAUGCGACGGAACAUCACAACAACGUGAAAGGGGAAAGAACGACGGAGACAGACAGACAGACUGCGUUUCGGAUGGAGGGAGACAGGAGUGCACAGGGCGGGACUUGUGCGUCACAAAGUCUCUUGGCCCACAGUUUAAAAACCUCCCUGCCGCACACGACAGACCGGCUUGUUUGCAAAAGGCUCGUGCUGGAGCGAGGGGGUCUCCUCUGCUCCUCUGCUGCUCGUCUGUCUGACCUGGGGAAAGAGCCACCGAUGAAGAGUCCUGCAGGGACGCAGCGCCGCUGCCUGCUGCUCCUCGUCCACAGGGCUCAGAUGGGUGCUGCUUGUGUCCCGCUCCUGCUGGCUGCCACCCUGUGGACGAUGCCCCACGCGGGAGCUGCCGCCGCCGAGCUGCCGAGCUCCACGGAGCUGCUCAACGCCGCCGGAGCUGGAGCCGGGGCGCGGUCUGACCUCAGGAUGCCCACUGCGGCCGCCGGCGUGUCCCGCAGCAGGCGCAGGCGAGCCAUUUCAUCCCGAGAGAUGAACGCCCUGCUGGAUUACCACAACCGAGUCCGCUCCCAGGUCUUCCCCCCUGCGGCUAAUAUGGAAUACAUGCUCUGGGAUGAGGGAUUGGCUAAGUCAGCUGACUCCUGGGCUUCACUGUGCAUUUGGGAUCACGGCCCGACGCAAGCCAUGAAGUACAUGGGCCAGAACCUGGCGAUCACUUCAGCACGGCACCAGUCCGUCACUGACCUGGUCAGGUCCUGGUAUGAUGAGAGGCACCAGUUCUCCUACCCGAACAGAUGCAGUGGAUCCGUGUGCUCUCACUAUACUCAGAUGGUGUGGGCGAGCACCAGCAGAGUGGGCUGUGCAGUCAGGAAGUGUUCCAACGUGCACGUGUUCGGGAGCAACUGGAGGGAGGCAACGCUGCUGGUCUGCAACUAUUCUAUAAAGGGAAACUGGCUGGGAGAAGCUCCCUAUAAGACCGGGAGGCCGUGUUCUGAUUGUCCGUCCAGCUACGGCGGCUCCUGCUGGAGGAAUCAGUGCUCGCCAAACGCAGAGACCAGAAGACUUUCAAAAUAUUAGAGACAUGGGUGCUCGUACGAGUUGAAAUAUUAACACACCACAGUGCUCUGAUGGAAGAAAGGAAGAAGUCACAUUCCACACGACGUCAAACUAACCGCAGCUGUCUAGUUACCACUAUGUUCAAAGUCGCUGUAGUGCCACAGUAUGGAUGAAUGUGAACGUUCUCACUGCUGUUGAUCGUCCACGUAAAAGAAAAAUACUUUUUCUCGUAUUGAAGACAUGUAGUUUUUUGCACUGCUCUUGAUGAAUUUGUUGGUGUGGAUAACUUUUGAGAGGCAUUGAACAAAACCUUUAGCACUUUUGUUGUACAGAUUGUACUGACUGUAACCUUGGAUGGUAUGGAUUCUGUUUCUAACCGGAUUAGUAAAAUAUUUUAAAGUGUUCGGUGUAAAAAAAAAGAAGAGAAAAGAAAAGCUACGUAGUUUGUGCAGUAAACCAGAAUGUGAUUAAUUCAUUGUUGUCUUUUCGCUCGACCGAACAUUUAUUAAGUUAUUAACAAACUGACGGCGCCGCGCUGUAUGUGCCCACCAAUAAUCUGCUGUUCGCUGCUCGUGUUUAUUCACUGCUGCUGCAGGAAAUUCUCUGUCCUGCAUUACAGCUCAUUACGUCUCUCCAUUAACCCGCCAGAGACUUUC